AAUAAACAUACAAAAGUCUGUUGAUUGGAAUUUUUGAUUUUUUUCACGAAUUUUGAGUGAAAAGUUUGAAAAUUAGGAGAAUGGCAUCUUCAUUUACUUGCGAAAAAUGUGGGAAACCAUUUACAAAGAAGUACAAUUUAAUUAGGCAUAUAAAAGCUUGUGAUUUAAGAGUAACUAACAUUAGUAAAAAACACAUAGUUUGUCCAUUGUGUUCCGAAGAAUUUUUUCGAAGCUCUACAUUGGAUGAACAUUUGGAAAAAAAUCAUGAGACGAAUAUUAUAUGCGAACAAAAAGAGUUUUUAACGUAUGAUGAUUUUCAAGCAUGGAAAGAAGAAAUUGAAAAAAGUUCGCAGUCUUUGUACCGGAAGGCUUCUGUCAAUAAUAAAGCCAUGUAUGCAAUAUAUUACAGAUGUCAUCGUAGUGGUUUCUUUCGCUCUGCCAGCACCGGAAAACGUAAGGCUUCUACCAGAGGAAGUUGUAAAAUAGACAGAUAUUGCCCAUCUAGAAUCAUCGCGAAAAAAUCAACAGAUCGAGUCUUCGUCCGAUACUUCCCUACUCACGUAGGGCACGAUACAGAUAUUCGUUUUCUUCAUCUACCUAAAACUAUCGAAGAAACAAUCGCACAUAAACUAGAACGAGGGGAAUCGUUGAAUGAGAUUUUAAAUAAACGAAAAGAGUUCAUACCGAAUGGGAACUCGGAAGAGACGAAGUUAAUUAACAGGAAAAAAUUGCAUAAUAUCAGACAAAAGUACAGCAUUCCUUACGCUGGUAACCAUUUCUUGAACAGAUCUAAAUCCAAAUCUGCGAUAGACGAAGAUACUUUAGUUGGACACAAUCAACAAACGAAAGAAAAAGAAGAACUGUAUAUUGAGGAGGCGACAGUCGUUGUGACAAACUCCGAUCACAUUAAGGAAAAUUUUAAUGGCGUUAAGGAAAAUUUUUUGAAAGAUGAUGUGUGUGUUGGAUCUUCGAGUCAUUAUGAUUUCCAUCUUUCGCCAUCAAAUUCGUAUAUUAGAGAAGAAAUUUGCGAAACUUCGCACGAUCUUACUCGAAGUGUUCCGGAAUUUAUUGGAAACGUUUCUAAAAAACUAAACCAAGCGCUUCAAAUUGUUGAUACGAAUGGUAUACAAAUGAUUAAUAAUGAAGAUCAAAACAAGAUUAUGAGUUGUCUUGAUGAAGUUUUGACGAUAUUGACUAAUUAUAAUUCGUUGCAGUAAAGGGUACGAUCAAUCCCAUCAUUUGACUAACUAAGUUGAUGAGAUGAGGAUGACAGCGAUUAUUUUAUCCUCAGUUUUGGAUUAGAAACUCCAUGAUUCUUCAAAAUUCAGAAGGCCAGAAGCAUAAUUUGAAUUUUUAUUUCAUACUCGUAUUGAUGGAUUUUAUUGAUGGGGUUUUUACUGGUGAGAAGAUCAGAAUCGGAUUUUUCAAGCCUCAACGAAGGUUAUGAUUCGAAAAUCGAAAACGUCGUAUCAAAUUUUUUUCAAAGAUAAAUUCAUGUUUAUUUUCCAGUGUCAUGUUUGUGAUAUGAUAUGAUAUGAUAUUUUUUACAUGUGUGUAUUAUACUUGAAUUUGUUGCCUAUAA